AUGCGCGCCACUACUUCCAUUCUUUUCGCCCUUUGUGCAGCUGGUACUGCCAUGGCUCAUAUGGAAAUGCAAUGGCCAUAUGCCCUCCGAAGCAAGUUCAACAAGCAAAACACCAACCCUGACUGGUCCAUGACUGGCCCUCUCAACCCUUCUGGUGCCGACUUCCCCUGCAAGGGCUACCAUAAGGCUCCAUUCCAGUCCGUUGCUAGCUACGAGGCCGGUGGCGAGUACAACUUGACUCUGGCUGGUAACACCCGUCACCAAGGAGGAUCUUGCCAGGUCUCCCUUAGCUACGACAACGGCAAGACGUUCAAGGUCAUCAACUCCUACCUUGGUGGCUGUCCCAUGAAAGACACCUAUAACUUCAACAUCCCAACCUCCGCUCCCGACGGUCAAGCCCUUCUUGCCUGGUCUUGGUUCAACCUUGUGGGCAACCGUGAGAUGUACAUGAACUGUGCCCAUGUUACUGUCAACGGCGGUAGUGACUCCAAGACCAAGUUCAACGCACUCCCUGAUAUGUUUGUUGCCAAUGUUGGCAAUGGAUGCAGCACUAUCGAAGGAAAGGAGAUCGUCUUUAAGAACCCUGGCGAGAAAGUGCAAUAUGGAGAUGGAGUUACUGCGCAGACCGAAAUAUCUCCGAAAUGCGGCAGCAACGCAAAGCGAUCCGAGAACUGUGGUGGAAUACGCUCAGCAAAAUUCAGAGCAUAG